GCCAUGCCGCCCCCCCCCCUCGCUCUGCUGCUGCUCUUCGCCGCCGCCGCCGCCCCCCCGGCGCCCCCCGGCACCGCGCUCCGACCAGAGGCCGCGGGGAUGGGAGGCCCCGGGGGCUCCGCUGCGACCACCCCGAGGGGCACGGCCCCCCCGACGGCCGCCGCCACGACCCCCCUUAGGAGCUCCGCUGCGACCACCCCGAGGGGUUCGGCCCCCCCGAGGGGCACAGCCGCCCCGAAGGGCUCCGCUGCGACCACCCCGAGGGGCGCAGCCCCCACAAAGGGCACCGCCACGGCCCUCCCGAAGGGCACGGCGACGACCCCCACGAAAAGAACGGAGCGGGGGGGGCCGAGCAGCGCAGCCCCCACCCGAGGGGGGCCAGGGCCCAAAGCCCCCGUGCCCAGAAAGAAGAAGCUGGUGAGGGUCAAAGUGGUGCGGAAGAAAGUGCUGAAGAAGAGACCCAAAGCUCCAGCCAAGAGCCCUCCUGCCCCCCAGGAGCAGCCGUGCCCCCCUCUGGGGCUGGAGUCCCUGCGGGUUCAGGACUCCCAGCUGCGCUCCUCCAGCGACAAACGUUACGGGCUGGGAGCCCAUCGAGGGCGGCUCAACAUCCAGUCAGGGCUCUACGACGGGGAUUUCUUUGACGGCGGUUGGUGCGCGGGGCAGGAGGACGCAGGGCAGUGGCUGGAGGUGGACGCGCGACGCCUCACCAACUUCACCGGGGUCAUCACACAGGGGCUCAACUCCAUCUGGACGUACGACUGGGUGACCUCCUACAAGGUGCAGUUCAGCAACGACACGCACACGUGGCAGCCGUGUCGCAACGGCACCGAGGAGGCGGUGUUUCCAGCCAACAAAGACCCUGAGACGCCGGUGCUGAACGCGCUGCCGUGCCCGGCGGUGGCACGGUACAUCCGCAUCAACCCCCAGAGCUGGUUUGAGAACGGCACCGUGUGCCUGCGGGCCGAAGUGCUGGGCUGUGCCAUGCCAGACCCCAACAACAUCUACCAGUGGCCCAAUGAACCCGCGCCCACCGACAAGCUGGAUUUCCGGCACCACAACUACAAGGAGAUGAGGAAGCUGAUGAAGAGGGUGAACGAGGAGUGCCCCAACAUCACCCGCAUCUACAGCAUCGGGAAGAGCUACCUGGGCCUCAAGAUGUACGUCAUGGAGAUCUCCGACAACCCGGGGCGGCACGAAGUGGGCGAGCCCGAGUUCCGCUACGUGGCUGGGAUGCACGGCAAUGAGGUGCUGGGCCGGGAGCUGCUGCUCAACCUGAUGGAGUACCUGUGCCGCGAGUUCCGGCGCGGCAAUCCCCGCGUGGUGCAGCUGGUCACCGGCACUCGCAUCCACCUCCUGCCCUCCAUGAACCCUGACGGCUACGAGACCGCCUACCGCCUGGGCUCGGAGCUGUCGGGUUGGGCCAUGGGCCGCUGGACCUAUGAGGGCAUCGACCUCAACCACAACUUCGCCGACCUCAACACGGCGCUGUGGGACGCUGAGGACAACGACCUGGUGCCCCACCAGUUCCCCAACCACUACAUCCCCAUCCCUGAGUACUACACCUUCGCCAACGCCACGGUGGCCCCAGAGACGCGGGCGGUGAUCGACUGGAUGCAGCGCUACCCCUUUGUGCUGAGCGCCAACCUGCACGGCGGGGAGCUGGUGGUCACCUACCCCUUUGACAUGACCCGCACCUACUGGAAGGCUCAGGAAUUGACCCCCACGGCAGACGACGGCGUGUUCCGCUGGUUGGCCACCGUCUACGCCACCUCCAACCUGGCCAUGGCCAGCGAGGAGCGCCGCCUCUGCCACUACGACGACUUCAUGCGCUCCGGCAACAUCAUCAACGGGGCCAACUGGCACACGGUGCCCGGCAGUAUGAAUGACUUCAGCUACCUGCACACCAACUGCUUUGAGAUCACGGUGGAGCUGUCAUGCGACAAAUUCCCCCACGUCUCCGAGCUGCCGACCGAGUGGGAGAACAACCGCGAGUCGCUGCUGCUCUACAUGGAGCAGGUGCACCGUGGCAUUAAGGGGGUGGUUCGGGAUGAAGAGACGGAUGAGGGCAUCGCCAACGCCAUCAUCUCUGUGGAUGGCAUCAACCACGACGUGCGGACAGCUGUGGAUGGGGAUUACUGGCGGCUGCUGAACCCCGGCGAGUACGAGGUGACGGCGCGGGCCGAGGGCUACGAGGCGGCCACACGGCCGUGCCGCGUCUCCUUCGAGAACGUUCCCACGCCCUGCAGCUUCCGCCUGGCGCGGCGGCGUUUGCGGGGCCGGGGCCCGCCGGACCUCCAGCUGCGGCUGCACCGCCACCGCCUGCGCCGCCUGCGCGCCCAGCGCCGCGCGCCCUGA